AUGCGGGGCGGAGGAGGGGGCAGGGAGGAGUUUGGCCUCUCUGUGAGGCGCGUUCCUCGCUCCCACUUACAGCGUGCGUUCUUCCAGGCUUGGCUGAAUGAGAAGUUUGCUCCAGAGCUGCUGGAGAGCAAACCCGAGAUCAUUGAGUGUGUUGUGGAGCAGCUGGACCACAUGGAGGCAAACCUGAAACGGGCAAAGCGAGGGGACUUGAAGGUCAGCAUUCACCGCAUGGAGAUAGAAAGGAUCCGUUACGUGCUCAGCAGCUACCUGCGAUGUAGGCUUGUGAAGAUAGAGAAGUUUUUCCCCCAUGUCCUGGAGAAGGAGAAAUCUCGAGCCGAAGGGGAGCCUUCCAUUCUAUCGCCAGAGGAGUUUGCUUUUGCUAAAGAGUACAUGGCAAACACAGAGAUUUAUCUGAAAAACGUGGCCCUAAAACACAUGCCGCCCAACCUGCAGAAAGUGUCUCUCCUAAAAUCAGUUCCGAGGCCCAACCUGGACUCCUUUGUGUUCUUGAGGGUGUUGGAGCGGCAGGAGAACAUCCUGGUCGAGCCAGAGACGGAUGAGCAGAGAGAGUACACCAUCGACCUGGAGGAGGGCUCGCAGCACCUGAUCCGCUACAAGACCAUCGCCCCGCUGGUGGCCUCUGGAGCGGUGCAGCUUAUCUGAGGGGCGAGCGUGCUGGUGGCAUGUGAGUGCUUUGUCGGCCAAGAAGCCAACACUGUUGAAGAGGUUUCCUGGGACACAGGCUUCAUCCGUGUCUGUAACGACCCUUCAGCGUGACUGGAUGCCAGGG